GGGGGCUAUAGUGCAUAACUGAGACUAAGGAUCAAGAAGAGAAAAAGGGAGGAGGGAGAGAGUAGAGAAAGAGCCCUAAACCUAAAGGCUUGGUGACGCAGAGGGAGAGAGGAGAUGAUGGAGACUGUGGAAUGCGCUGUGACAGAUGGACGGAUGUUACGCCAACAAUAAUCCAUCCAGCCCCGGACGAGGGAGAUGUGCGUUGUGUGAUUAGGCGGACAGGGUGGAAGAGGACAUUACCCCAGAUUCCAGAGAAGAGGAGCAGUGAUGGCGUGCCGAGUGUGCCGACAGACGGCACCAGCGAUCACACAGUCCAUCUGCCAGCUGCAGGAGGAGGUAUGUACAGUACUACAUGUCUCAUCAGCUCUGGCACUCAACCUCCCCCCAUCAAGUCUCCUCUGUCCAUCAUCCGCCUGUCUCUGUCCCAUCCUCCUCUCUCUCUCUCCCAUACAUCCAUCCAUCCUCUUCCCUCAGCAUAGCCAGGCUUGCAGCUCUGUUGUUUCCAGACCUCUCAGACCUCUCAAAAACAUUACCUGGCUGAUCCAAUGAUUGAUGCUGGCACGCCGGGAAGAUCUCAUUGAUCCAAUUCAAUUAACACUGGCUCUAACCCCAUGCAUCUUGUCCAUCCCACUGGCUGGGAAGUUGGCACACCAGCCCAGAUGCUUAGGGAAAGCUAAUUGCUGAGGUGGAUAUUUAAAAUGCAUUGGGUUUAGCUCUUCAUGUGGCGGCCCCCUGGACUAUGAAACUUUGAUAGGAUCUCAUUUUUAAAGCAUUUCAUGAAAGAAGCACACACAACCCAACACAGCAGUUUAACUAAUAGGAUACACACAACCCAACCCAGAAGUUUAACUAAUAAGAUACACACAACCCAACCCAGCAGUUUAACUAAUAAGAUACACACAACCCAACCCAGCAGUUUAACUAAUAAGAUACACACAACCCAACACAGCAGCUUCACCUGCAUAGCAUUGCCCAGAAUACAAUCAAACUCAAAUCACGUAUUCUCUUUUAUUCACACGAUUCUUACCAAGCGUCACCCAUUCUGAGGGUUUGCUGUAUAACUCACAACUACUAAUACAGUAUCACAAAAUGCCUCUGAGUUGCUACGGCUGAAUAUGAUUUGAUAAGCAGGCAUCCGAUAUGGCGGUGAGUACAUUAGAUAAGGGUUUGUGUGCAGGGGGGCUCGGGUGGCCUGGCCUAGAUUUGACCAGCGCCUAGGUCAUGAAGUGUAGAAACACCCUGUCUAUCCAGUAACAUUAACCCAUUUACAACCCUGUCUAUCCAGUAACAUUAACCCAUUUACAACCCUGUCUAUCCUGUAACAUUAACCCAUUUACAACCCUGUCUAUCCUGUAACAUUAACCCAUUUACAACCCUGUCUAUCCAGUAACAUUAACCCACUCACAACCCUGUCUAUCCAGAGAGAGAGAGAGAGAGAGAGAUAUCUUCACCAGAUCCUCCAGGUCCAUUGAGUGGGGAAAGAGAGUGAAGGUGUACAUUUACCAGCACUCCGUAUAAAAAGAAUACCCACUCUGAAUGAAGCACUAACCUGCAAUUCCCAGGACAUGUAAAAAAAAAAAAAUUGAAUAGCUAAACAGGAAACUGAGAACUCAACUGGCAGAGGACAGAAUGGAAAACUACAAAGGAAGUUGAGUAAAUUCAAUCAGACUCAAAUACACCCCACUGGGCACACACUGGUUGAAUCAACGUUAUUUCCACGUCAUUUCAAAGAAAUGAUGUGGAAUAGACAUUAAAUUGACGUCUGUGCCCAGUGGGACAUCUCCAAUAGGCUUACAAUAUUUGAACAUUGCUGUAAAGGUUGCUCAGCUCUAUACAGAUGAUGGUAAUAACAAGCCGCUAUGUUAUUUAUAGCCAUGACAACAGAUUAAAAUCAAAGCCUUUAUAUGUGAGAGCGAAGGAGUCUGAGGGUACAGCAUGAGAUUUCACUAAUUACUUUAGACCCGUUCUGGAGCAGCAACACCCACACACACACACACACACACACACACACACACACACACACACACACACACACACACACACACACACACACACACACACACACACACACACACAGGAAGGAAGGAAACCAGAAUGAAUACCUAAACUGUUAACCUUUGAGUUGUUUCUGUUUUAACCCUGUAACCAUGCAAAAUUAACCCUAUAACCACGCUGAAUGAAUACAUCAAAAAUAGAUGUUCAUCCAUAAUAUGUCGGAUUUUGAAAGGAAACUAUUAGAUCUUGUUGGAUUUGACAGCUCCAACACAGUUCCCUCUCAGACACCACCCAAACAUCAGCUAUGCGGGAGUCGGCUAUCGCCAGUUAACUUCUGAUCUGAUUUAAUCUAGGCCUUAACUUGGACACAUAUUGGAGAUUCGUGAGAAUGCUUUAUCAAAACAAAUAUGGUUCAUGUACCUGCGAAUAGUAGGAUUUGUGUCUUAAAAACAAAUCCCAGUCUAGUUGAAUGAUCAGCUGGGCGGAUUUCAGCAGCAUCUGUCUGGUAUACAGUCCUAUGUUUAGUCAAAUAAAACAUUACCAUCCAGAGACCUUUGUUUUGCCAACAUCUUUGUUUUGGCCUCUAUAAACAAAAAGCACGCAGCACCGUAUUAAAUAUCAGAAGGCCUUUGACAGAGUGCCAAUGACAACUAUGAAACAAAGAGCGAUCGAUACUCUGUCGAGGCUUGCAGUUAUCAAAUCAAAUCAAAGUUUAUUGGUCGGGUACACAUAUUUGCAAGUGUUAUAGCAGGUGCAGUGAAAUGCUUAUGUUACUAGCUCCAACAGUGCAGUAGAAUGUCUUACAAAUACAAUACAAAUACACAAAUAAUCAAAACAAUUAUCAAGGCAAGAAAUCAAGAAAUAACAACCCAGAGUAGAUCUAUUACAGUGAGCAUGUGUCAGAAUCCAGAAUAUAAAUACCUGGUGUGUGUAUAGACAGUAUAUAGUUUGGAAAGAAAAUGGUAUGUACAGCAGUAGGUAUAUUAGGAUGAGCUAUGAAUACAGUAUAUAGAUCAAGGAUGGCCAACUCCUCGGGGGCCUGAUUGCUGAAAUACUUUUGCCCCAGCUCCUGCUAACACACCUGACUGCAAUAAUCAACUAAUCAAGGUCUUCAGUUUACAAUGCAAUUGAUUUAUUCAGAUGUGUUAGCUAUAGGGUUGGGGGGAAAGUGUGACACCAAUCAGGCCCUUGAGGUUUGGAGUUGCCCAUCCCUGAUCUACAUACACAGGGAGGAAACAACAGUAUAGAAACAGAAUAUGAGGUGACUCUAUAUACAUGGGGCAUUAGUCUCAAGAUGCAGGGCAGAGUACUGGACGGGUAGUCGGCUAGUGAUGGCUGUUGUAAUAACUCACCGUCAACAUGUUACACUACAAACUUUUGAUACGAUGGAAGACUUGUGUACAAUGUUAAUCUUUGAACUCGGUUUUGACUGUCCAAGAAAAUAAAAACUAAAUAUAGAAUAUUUUGACAUUUAGGCUCUGGUAUUUCAUUCCAUGUCACCAUUGAAUGGUGUCUAGCAUCAAGCUAGGUGUGAUUUGAGGCGUGUCAGUCACUAGCUGGAUUAUUUUCAUUUUUGAGAUUAUUGACAGCAGUGGAAUAACUGGGGCCUCAAUUAGCACCACUGUAACUAAUUGGCUAGCGUGGAAGUGACCAUGAUGGGAGGCAAGGAAAUAAAUGAAAUGAAUGAAGUGCCACGUUCAGCAGAAUCACUGUAAUACUACUAAAAGGGAUGCCUGCCUGGUGCCUGAUCCGACGGUGUGAAAUUGUCACCUGAUUUAGACAACAGUGUAGCCAUACCACAUACCACAUACAACAUGUCAACAUCACCUCUCCUAGGGAUAGAGUGUGUGUGUGUGUGUGUGUGUGUGUGUGUCCCAGUAUGUGUGUGCUCUCUGCAUUAGACUCCUGAUAAUUAGAUCCAUGUAUAGGCGACAACAGAAACCUUUGGAGCAUUGGAUUUGCUCUGAUGUAAAGUCUGUUAACCUUUAAAGCAAAGCCAGCCUUGGCCCCCCACUCAUUCUGCUGUAAUUGCCUGCGCAGGGUAUGCACAUUCUGCUGAAAAGGUUAGCGUGCUCCCAUCCCACCUAGUUGUCGUGAUGAAUGGGCAAACAUUCCAAGAAAAUGAAAAUUGGGACGAGUGUGGUUGGCAUUUUGGUCACGACUUCCGCCGAGGCUGCCCCCCCUCCUGGUCCGGGCAGGCUUCGGUGUUCGUCGUCACCGGAGUACUAGCUACUGCCGAUCCCAUUCUCAUCACUCCACUUGUCAUGUCUUGUCAAUCACACACACCUGGUGCUCAUUCCCCUAAUUAGUAUGUGUAUAAGUGUUCCCUCUGUUCCCCUUGUCUUUGUGAGUGAUUGUUUGUUGUGAGAGCGUGUAGCUCGGUUGAGCUACAUUUCACUGUGUUAUUGCCAAGGUGAAUGUUUUCCCUUGUAUAGUUUCGUUUUUUGACGCUUGGGGCGUUUGAUUUAUGUAAACUAAAGACUCCUGAGUGGCGCAGUGGUCUAAGGCAGUGCUAACUGUGCCACUAGAGAUCCUGGUUCGAAUCCAGGCUCUGUCGCAGCCGGCCGCGACCGGGAGACUCGUGGGCGGCGCACAAUUGGCCCAGCGUCGUCCAGGGUAGGGGAGGGAAUGGCCGGCAGGGAUGUAGCUCAGUUGAUAGAGCAUGGCGUUUGCAACGCCAGGGUUGUGGGUUCGAUUCCCACGGGGGGGCCAGUAUAAAAAUUAAAUAAAAAUGUAUUCACUAACUGUAAGUCGCUCUGGAUAAGAGCGUCUGCUAAAUGACUAAAAUGUAAACGAUUUCAACUCUGGACUUCGGUAUUUUACCUCCUGCGUCUGACUCCUUCAUUCACACCUCGUCACAGAAACACUCACCUGAUCUGAUAUGGAGUCAGCAGGAGAAGACCGCAUGCCUGGAGUUGUGUCAAGGGUCCAGGAGCAUUCCUCGAUAUUGGCCAGGUUGGGGGAAGCGAUGGAUCGGGUUCUUCAGGUGGUAGAAUGCCUGGAGAGGAGAAGAUCCGAUCUAUCGAGACCAGCUGGUCAAACGGAUCCAGCCACCUACACCCCAGCCCCUGGCCACCGGCAUUUGAUGGGAUAGCAGCGCGAUGUAAAGGAUUCCUACUCCAACUGGAGUUGUAUUUCUCCAGCAUCAGGCCGGUGCCCCGGGAGCGGGAGAAGGUAUCCGUCCUCGUUUCCUGCCCUGGAGUGGGCCAACGCGGUGUGGAACGAGGGAGGUUCCGCGUUGGAGAACUACGGGGAGUUUGCUCGCCUCUUUCGGGCCGUUUUUGAUCAUCCGCCUGAGGGUCGAGAGGCGGUCGAACGACUGGUUCAUCUGAGGCAGGGGACGAGGACCACUCAGGACUACGCGGUGGAGUUCCAGACGCUGGCAGCGGGGUCUGGGUGGAACGAGCGGGCCCUGAUCAACCAUUUCCGGUGCCACCUAAGGGAGGACGUCCGACAGGACUAGACUGCCGGGAUGCCAUGCUAUCGUUCUCCCAACUGGUAGACAUGGCCAUCUGGCUGGACAAUCUGCUAGCAGCCAGAGGACGUCCUGGUAGGGGUCUGCCCGUUCCCACUCCGGACGACUCUGACCCCGAGCAGAUGGAGCUGGGGGACGACGCCGGUAGAGAGAGCACAGGAGGACAGUGACAGUGUCACUCUGGUGGCACGAAGGGACAAUCCACCUCACGUCGCAGUCAACGUUCUUUUGGGUCUGGAGACGGUAGGCAGGGUACUCACGCAUCACCCCAGGUAACGAACACCCAAACGUGUUCAGAGCCCUUUGCGGUGCACUGUACUUUAUCUAUCUCCUUUCCCGAUCACUUGGUAGGUUCCCAGUGUAAGGCGCUAGUCGAUUCAGGCGCAGCUGGGAAUUUUAUGGACAGGGCAUUUGCACACCGUCAAGGCAUUUCAUUGGUCCCCCUAACCAUUCCACUCCCCAUCAGAGCACUUGAUAGUCGACCAUUAGGGUCCGGGUUGGUUAAGGAAGUUACGGUACCAGUCACCAUGAUUACGCAGGAGAUGCAUGUUGAGCAGAUCACCUUUAUGAUUAUUGAGUCUCCUGCUUACCCUGUAGUCUUGGGUAUCCCGUGGUUAGCCCUUCACAACCCCAAUUUCUCAUGGCCGCAGAGGGUUCUUACGGGGUGGUCGCGUGAGUGUCCAGGUAGGUGUCUAGGUGGCUCUGUUUACUCACGUCUUCCGGCACUACGGGGUACCAGAGGAUAUAGUGUCCGACGGAGGUCCCCAGUUCACGUCUAGAGUCUGGAAGGCGUUCAUGGAACGUCUGGGGGUCUCGGUCAGCCUGACCUCUGGUUUUCACCCCGAGAGCAAUGGGCAAGUGGAAAGGGUGAAUCAAGAUGUGGGUAGGUUCCUGCGGACCUAUUGUCAGGACCGGCCGGGGGAGUGGUCGGUUUUCCUGCCGUGGGCAGAAUAUGCUCAGAACUCUCUCCGCCACUCCUCCACUAACCUAACACCCUUCCAAUGUGUUUUGGGUUACCAACCGGUCCUGGCACCGUGGCACCAGAGCCAGACCUGGGCUCCCGCGCUGGAUGACUGGUUUCGGUGCGCGGAGGAGACUUGGGACGCUGCCCACGUUCGCCUCCAGCGCGCCGUGCGUCGUCAGAAGGCCAACGCUGACCGCCACCGCAGGGAGGCCCCGGUGUUCGUACCGGGGAACGGGUCUGGCUAUCGACCCGGAAUCCGCCCCUCCGCCUGCCCUGCCGGAAGCUGAGCCCGCGGUUUGUGGGGCCGUUUAAAGUCCUGAGGAGAAUAAACGAGGUGACAUACAGGUUGUUACUCCCCCCUGAUUACCGUAUUAACCCCUCGUUUCAUGUGUCUCUCCUCAGGCCGGUGGUAGCUGGUCCGCUCCAGGAGUCUGAGGUACGGGAGGUUCCUCCACCUCCUCUGGACAUUGAGGGGGCCCCGGCGUACUUGGUCCGUUCCAUCCUAGAUUCGAGGUGUCGGGUGGAGGGCCUUCAGUAUCUCGUGGAGUGGGAGGGGUACGGUCCGGAGGAACGGUGCUGGGUCCCAAGGCGGGACAUCCUCGAUUCCUCCCUGUUGAGGGAUUUCCACCGUUGCCAUCCGACUCGCCCUGCUCCGCGUCCUCCUGGCCGUCCCCGAGGCCGGGGUCGACGCACUGCUGGAGCCGCACGUCGGUAUUUUACCUCCUGCGCCUGACUCCUUCAUUCACACCUCGUCAAAUUUUCUCUCUCUCUCUUUCUCGCUGUCUCUCUCUCACAGUUUUUGCGAUGUGGCAGAACACAAAGACCGCUAAUAAACAAACCAAAAGGAAGUCAGAAAGAAACUGAGCUGUUUGUGUCACAAUUAAAUGGAGAGAAAGGAGCCUCAGCCUGCCAAUAUCUGUCAGCACGUGUGUGUGUGUGUGUGUGUGUGUGUGUACGUGUGUACAGAGAGAGAGAGGCAGGCAGGGUGGCCUCUCUCCAGGCAGGCAGAGAGGCAGGCAGGCGAGGUAUUGACAAGCUGGAGGUGGAAGGUGAAUGGCGGGUGAAGGCUGUUAUUGCCGGCGGCUGGCUGGGGCUCCUGCAGCACUACUUGCUGGACCCAGAAGAUUCAUUUUGACAGAUGAGUCUCCUCCCCGGCUGGCGAGGCGCGGAGCGGCGGGGGGCUGAUGGCACACGCUCACCAGAGCAGCUCAGAGUAGUGUUAGCCAGCGUCAUGUUGUGCAAACCUGCAAUUUAUACUUCCACCCCUGGCAUUAGACCCGGCUGAUGAUAUGCAAAAGGCCCCCCUACCUUCCUACCAUCCCAUUCAACCUCCAUCAUCACCAGUCCACAAGCCCUAAGGAGUUUACAUACCAGACAUAUGGAUCAUUUUACUGCCUUGUUAUAGGUAGUGUUUACCUGCUUUUUUUAGGCUACUGAAACAAUGGGUACUUGUUAGCCCCACUACCACCUAACUAUGCUUUCACCAUCCCUCCUCGCCAGUCUAGCUAUCUGGAGUUAUGCUUUAUUUUACAGUCCAGCUGUUGUUUAGCUGGUCAUUAUUGAGAAAUAAUGUACCGUAAUAACAACGUAGUUGGUUCUUCAAAGAAUUCAUCAUAAUAGGGAACUAAUUGAUGCCGAAUGGAACAUGGCACUGGUUGUUCAAAUGACUCACAAAGAAUGAAAACAGCUGGUCAUUAUUAAGUAACUACUGUUUUACUGCCAUUUUUACUAUGGGCAUGAGACUGUAAAGCAAAACACAACUGAUAUCAAAUUAUCAGAAGGUGGCUGCCGGUACACAGCCACAUCCUACGCACAUGGACAUGCACCCAGACGUAAACAGUAAUAAUAAUUAGUCAUUUAGCAGAAGCUCUUAUCCAGAGUGACUUACAGGAGCAAUUAGGAUUAAGCGCCUUGCUCAAGGGCACAUCAACAGAUUUUUCACCUAGUCGGCUCGGGGAUUAGAACCAGCGACCUUUCGGUUACUGGCACAACACUCUUAACCACUAAGCUACCUGCUGCCCCAGGAACAUGUAUACAGCUCCCUAUCACACAUCUGCAGUACAUUAACAUUUUAGUCAUUUAGCAGACGCUCUUAUCCAGAGCGACUUACAGAUAGUGAGCGCAUACAUUUUUAUUUAUUUUUCAUACUGGAAUUGAACCCACAACCCUGGCGUUGCAAACACCAUGCUCUACCAACUGAGCUACAUCCCUGCCGGCCAUUCCUUCCCCUACCCUGGACGACUUGUGCGCCGCCCCAUGGGUCUCCGGGUCGCAGCCUGCUACGACAGAGCCUGGAUUCGAACCUGGAUCUCUAGUGGCACAGCUAGCACUGCGAUGCAGUGCCUUAGACCACUGCGCCACUCGGGAGUACCAUAAAUAGUUACACACACACACACACUCACACGUACGCAAACACAUUCAUAUCCGUCUGUCUGCCUUCCCCACUAGCAUCUACAUCCUAUCGCCCAUCCAGACCCGGUGUUAAUUUUGGCAGCUAUUUUAGAUUUAGUUUUAGUCUUAAAAUACCUUUCAGUCUUAGUCACAUUUUAGUCAUUUAAUCCUUUGUUCGUUUUAGUUAUUAUCAGUCGACUAAAACGCUGGAUAAUUUUUGUCUAGUUUUAGUCACAGAUAUUUUAGUCACAUAAUAGUGCAUUUUGUUAUAUAAAAAAAUGUAUGUUUAGACUACCUCUAUCUUCCAUCAUGUGCACAUUCAGAUAGCCUUGUCCAGCUAUGCCUACUAUCCCCUCCUAUACCUUAACUGGCAGCAUUGACAUUGUGGCAGAUUGUAACCAAUGCCAGACAUAAUUAACCACAUAGGCUAUAAAGCCUUGGCUACAGGUUAAACAAUUUACAGCUCUGAUUUUCUCCCCAUCAUAACCUUCAAGGGGGUAAAUAACAGUGGUUUCCUUGAAAAGGAGAGAGUUUGAGCUUUACAAAAUAGUAUUACUGUACUCCUAAUAUUCAACAAAUAGUAUUUGUUUUUCCCAUAGGAAAAAAGCAACUGCAACUCGCAUUUGUGGACUGCGGCGCAAGAGCUGCAACACAGAUGAAUGAAUAACAGUGCACAUGGGAAAAUAGAGCUUCUGAUGAUAACCAAAUAAAAAAUAUCCUCCAUGAAAGUAAGAGACAGUAAACAUUGUUUCUAGUUGAGGUUAAUUAACAGUCAGGAAAAAUAGGUCGUUGACAAAUAUUUUUCGUCAUAGUUAUUGUUGACGAAAUUAACACUGUCCAGACGUAAGAACUCACACUAUUCACUCUGUCUUAACUCGCCAUCCAUUAACAAUCUACCCAAGGCAGAAUGGUUAGUAUGCAGACAUAUAGGGUAGCACUUCCACAAGCCAGUGGAAAUGAGUGUCAGGUUUUGUUGCUGUCAGGAAUCUGCAGAAAUAAAGGACAACUGAAGCAGCUACCAUGGUGAAUGCCAUAGCAUUAUACUGUACAUUACUCAUGCAGUGCAGCAGAGGUGUUUUAUAUUUGAAUAGACAACUCAUUCUGAAUGACUUUGAUCAUCCAUCACUAAGAAUAGAAGAAAAAUGCAAAGAUACAACACAACAUCAAAGCUGAAUGAUUUUAAAUAAGCUUUGCUCCUCCUCAUGGGAAUAUAGUCAGAUCUCAACAACUUAAACAAUUGACAAAUGUGGCUCAAUGCCUCACAAGGCUACAGUAGUAGGCAUAAUUCUGAACAUUUGCCAAGCCUGUUUCUCUGUUCUUUCUUCCCAGAUAAGAGAGGUGAUCCACUGAGGAGGCAACUCCAAUCUCUGAUCUGAAGGAGCCCAGACCUGGAGCAUGGUCCUGGGUGUGUCUGCAGAGUCAGUGAAGAGCCUGCGACCUGCCUCCAUGGCCACAGAGUCAGCACCGUCCUAGCUCUGCCACGGGACCCAAGCAUCCCCUUGCUAGCUCUGCCAGGAGGCCUUGUACAGUACAUCCACUACUAGCUCUGCCAGGAGGUUCACUCCCACUCGUCUGCCAGCUUAGAUAACCCUCUGGCUGUUGGCAAACACAUGUUUGACGUGAUCGAAUGUGACCGCAACCGUGCCAUCCAGAGCAGCACCAGCAGCAGCCCCCUGUUCCUCCUGCCUGCCGAUUCACCAUGCAGUGGAGACGUUGGCACUACUGCCCCAUCAAGAUGACCUGGACCGUGAAGCGCUCGCUCUUCCGGACCCACGUGGCGGGCCUCCUGUCCCUGGCCCUCCUCUUCACCCUCUUCCUUUUCUUCAGCCACCAGGACUGGCUGCCGGGCCGGACCUGGCCCCGGGACAACCCCCUGGCCUACACCGUCAGGGGGUUCCGCACGGCCAAGGCCGAAGCAAACCAGAGCCUGAGCCUCCGGAGCCUGUGGAGGGAGACGGGCUACGUGCCUCCCAAGCCCCAUCUCAACAUCAGCUCCCAGCAGGGUGAGGGUGGCGGUGGUGGAGGAGCCAUAAUGGGCGUGACAGGACUGGAGAACUCAAUGAGUGCCAACAACAGUUUACAGCAGGAAAUGGGCGUAGGAGGGAGGCUCAAUGCCCAGCCCUAUCGCUACAUCCUCAACCAGCCCUUCAAGUGCAGAGACAGAACCCCGUUCCUGGUGCUGCUUAUCGCUGCAGAGCCAGGCCAGGCAGAUGCCAGGAAUGCUAUCCGGCAGACGUGGGGCAACGAGAGCGUGGCCAUGGGCCUGAGCUUCGUCCGACUAUUCCUGCUGGGUUUGGGGCGGAGCUCAGACACAUACACCCAGACCGCCAUCGAGGAGGAGAGCCGGGUCCACAAUGACAUCAUCCAGCAGGACUACCAAGACACAUACUACAACCUCACCAUCAAAACCCUGAUGGGCAUGAACUGGGUGGCCAGCCACUGCCCCCAAGCGCGCUACAUCAUGAAGACGGACAGUGACAUGUUUGUCAACACGGAGUAUCUCAUUCAGAAGCUGCUGAAACCAGAGCUCCCGCCCAGACAGAGCUACUUCACUGGCUAUCUGAUGAGGGGCUACGCGCCCAAUCGCAACAAGGACAGCAAGUGGUACAUGCCUCCUGAGCUGUACCCUAGCGAGAGGUACCCCAUCUUCUGCUCGGGGACGGGGUACGUGUUCUCCGGGGACAUGGCGGAGAGGAUCUACCAGGCAUCUCUGAGCAUACGGAGGCUGCACCUGGAGGACGUUUACGUUGGCAUCUGCCUGGCCAAGCUCCGCAUUGACCCCACACCACCGCCCAACGAGUUCCUCUUCAACCACUGGAGGGUGUCUUACUCCAGCUGUAAGUACAGCCACCUCAUCACCUCCCACCAGUUCCAGCCCAACGAACUGGUCAAAUACUGGAACCACCUGCAGAGCAACAAGCACAAUGCCUGCAUCAACAUGGCCAAGGAGAAGAAUGGGAAGUAUAGACACAGGAAGUACCACGCAGAGAGACCUCAGUGA